AUGAAACAGAUAACGGAUCCAGGCUCUAGUGAUUGUCUUCAGCCAAUUAGGUUGUGCGUAAUUGCCAAGAAUCAGGACGCAAGUUUAUCUGAUUUAAACUCGGUUUUCGUAGGAAUAGAUGAUAAUGAUACAGAAAGAAAAGAUAGAGAUAAAAGAAUUAUUACGUUAUUGAUUCUUGCUCCUCUAUGGACUCUUAUAUUUACCAUAAUUCCGGUUAUCGUCAAAGUUAGAGGCAUUGGUGCUGAUAUUUAUA